GAAGUAUGCGGAAGUAGCGCACUUCAUGGACUGGCUACAGGGUGCCUUGGUUACCGGCAAAUUGUGACAUUUUAUUUAUAACUCAUUGUGUCUGUUUUUGAGCAAUCCAAGCAGUUGUAAACGAUACGAUUUGUAUUAUUAGGUUAUUCGAUCUACUGACACUGUAUGUAUUAGUUACUGAAGUGAGAAAUGGAGUCAAACCCAACAGGUAGCCCGGGAGUGAAAAAAUUCAAAGAUGCUCCAUUGCCGGAAACCUAUGUAAACAAGCACCAGACUCCCGAUCCACACUGUGGGACAGAUGCAGCACGCGCCAGGUGGACAAUUCUCCGACAGGUAUUGAGACAAAAGCAGAUUGACAGUAUCAAGGUUCAGCCAGUAUCAGUACGCAGGUUCUCCUCCUUCAACCUGUUCUCCAGGUCCGAGGUUCCCUCACUGGACAGCGAUGGCCCAUCUGAUGGUCGGUGGAUUGAGUAUAGGAGUUCCUGCUUUCCCCAAUACAGUGCCUUAAUCAGAGACAGCCAAGGGCCAAUUAAAAUGGAGGAGGUGCUCAACAGCUUUGACAACACCGGAAAUGUCUGUGUUUGGCCCUCUGAAGAGGUGAUGGCCUACUACUGUCUGAAGAAUCGUCAUAUGUUUACGGGCUCCUCUGUGUGUGAAUUAGGUGGAGGGAUGACAUGUCUUGCUGGGCUCAUGAUUGCCGUUUGUGCUGAUGUGAAGGAAGUGCUGCUAUCUGAUGGGAAUGAGAAGGCCAUCGAGAAUGUGCGUGUGGUUAUCGAGAGGAACAGACGAGCCGGACUGUUCACCUGCACCGAUGUGUCCAGCAGGGUGGUGAGAUGGGACAGUGAAGGGGACGUGUCGGCGAUGGAGGGCCGCUUUGAUGUAGUCAUGUGUGCUGAUUGCCUGUUUCUCGACCAGUACAGAGCCUGCCUGGUUGAUGCUCUAAGGAGAUUACUGCGGCCUGAUGGCACGGCGUUGGUGUUUGCCCCUGCAAGAGGAGACACGCUGACAGAAUUCUGUAGCCUGGCAGAAAGAGCAGGACUCCUAGUGUGCCGCUAUGACAACUACGACUCGAUCAUAUGGGACCUGCAUAUAAAGAUGAAAAGAGAAGGAAAAGAAGCAUAUGAUGAGAACAUCCACUAUCCUGUGCUGCUCACCCUCACCCACAUCCCCAGUCCACGUCUGCUAUGAGCCUGGCAGACCUCCGCUGUGCCACCCCUGGCUCUGCCACUGUGAUACCCAGGGUUUACUCAACCUCGCCUUUUUUUUCACUCUUAUAUCCAUAAUGCUUUUAAAAACACACAGUAUGUGUCGGAGUGUGUGGGAUUCAGUUUGCUGUGUGAACUCAUGCCUGACCUUGUUACUGUGCAAUAAAAAAAGUGUGUGUAAAACAGAGGCAAGCCCACACGGAGCACAGCCGUCUUCCUGAGAACCGUGUGUACUGAAAAUAGCUUAACUCUAAUAUCUUUAUAUGGUGCAGUGAAUAUUGCUAUUUUGAACAGGCACCUGGUGGAUGGAUGGAUAGAUUGAUGGGUGCUUAAUGGCAUGGCUUAUUGCAUAAUAGUUGGCCUAAUUAUGCACUUCAUGCAUAAAUCAAUCAAAUGCUACUGUGCAUAAUCACUAUUUUAUUCUAUCAUCAUUUAGCACUGGACAAGGAAAGAAAAUAUAUGUUCAGUGACCUGGGAAUCCCCUUCACAUGGUGAAAUGAAGGCACUUUUUUUUUUUAAAUAUAUAUAUAUUGUUCCAAAAUGGCUUUCCUAAACAUUUAAACAUUCCAUUCCAACUCCGUUUGGGGAUAAACCCGGAAAUUCACUGUGCAAGGAAAUCACGCUUAGCUAACCAGGAUUUAAACGUCUUUAGACAGAUUGCUUGUUUUUACUUCAGCUUUUGCUAAACUAAUUCCAACAUGAUGUUUGGAGGAAGAAUUCCAAGGCAUGAUUAAAAAGUAAUUAAAAAAUAAUUCCAUGUAAUUUUUAGCGAAAUAUAAAAGAUAAUUGAACGUCAUCUACACAGUGCCUUUAUAAUGCGUUCAUAAGCAUUCCAUAAGUAUGUUAUAUAGCAUUGCAGGAGAAAUAUUGAAAGGUCUAUGGCAAUAUGUGUAAGAUGAUAUUAGAGGUGUUAUGCAGUUUUGUUUUUAUAUGGAAAUAUGUACUCGCUGUCCACUUUAUUAGGUGCACCCGCUUGUUAAUGCAGUUCUAAUCAGACAAACAUGUGGCAGCAGCUCAGUGCAUACAGUCAUGCAGAUACAGGUCAAAAGGUUUAGUUAAUCACAUCAAACCAGAAGAGGGAAAAAUUGUGAUUUCUGUGACUUUAACUGUGGCACGGUUGUUGAAAGAUGGGCUGUUUGAGUAUUCUAGAAACUGCUGAUCUCCUGGGAUUUUCACACAAAACAGUCUCUAGAGUUCUCUAGAGAAUGGUGUGAAAAACAAAAAAAAACACGGAGUGAGUGACAGUUCUGUGGGUAGAAACAUCUUAUUGGUACAAGAGGUCAGAGGAAAAUGGCCAGAUUGGUUCAAACUGCCAAAAAGGAUAUAGUAACUCAGAUAAUCACUCUGUACAACCAGGGUGAGCAGAAAGGCAUCUCAGCAUGCACAAAACAUCAAACCUUGAGGUGUAUGGUCUACAACAGCAGAAGACACACUGGGUUCCACUUCUGUCAGCCAAGAAUAAGAGGCUUGCUGAGCGUGCUGAAGCAUGCUGAGAUGCUUUUCUACUCACCAUGGUUCUAAAGAGUGCUUAUUUGAGUUACUAUAGACUUCCUGUCAGGUUAUACCAGUCUGGCCAUUCUCGUCUGACCUCUCUAAUCAUCUAGGUGUUUCAGCUUCCAAACUUUUCUCACACAGGAGGUUUUUGUUAACAAUAGACACAACACAACAAUACUGUUGUGUGUGAAAAUCCCAGGAAAUCACAAACCAGUUUCUGAAAUACACAAACCAGCCCCUCUGGCAUCAACAACCAUGCCAUAAUUAAAGUCACAGAAAUCACACUUUUUCCACAUUCUGAUGUUUGAUGUGAACAUUAACUGAAGCUCCUGACCUGUAUCUGCUUGAAUUGUAUGAAUUGCACUGCUGCCACAUGAUUGGCUGAUUAAAUGACUGCAUGAAGAAGAUAGUGUACAGGUGUUCCUAUUAAAGUGGAGGAUGAGUGUAGAUGAGGCUAUACUCCUCUAAGAAGCAGACACUGUAAUAAAGUAUUGAUGAGGAGUAUCUACUUGUUAUAGGAGCAUGAUUAAGGAGCCCAAUUCUUAUGAAUUUCUUAUUCAUGAAUCUCAUGUGCCGGCCAUAUCAAUUGUUUUAAUUCCCUCAAACUAUAAUAUUAACAAAUACAUGUAUAACACUUUUAAGAAGCACUGCAUGUACCGUCUACCACUUGCAUGAAUGUGCUAUUAGUAAAAAAAAAAGAAGAUAUUAAUUGGCAAGAUAUGAUGACAUAAAAUACAUUAAAAAUACACUAAAAUAUAUUUUUCUUCCAUCAACUCAUAAUAAAAAUCAAUGGACAUUUUUCUCUCGUACAUGUAAAGUCAAAGUUGUUUAAAAGAAAUCUGAAAACAUCUUACGCUCUUUAACCUAAGCUUUUCAUUAAGUUGCAGCAAUGCUUUAUAAGAUAUUUAUGCAAUGCUUAUGAACGUGUUAUAAAGGUACUAUGUAGGUCCCUUUUCAAUAAAAAGUGUCACCAAAUAUAUAUUUAUGGUCGAUGGACAAAGUAUGUCGUAGGCAGAAUUUUAUUUGUUUGUCUUUUUGGGCUGUACCAGAAUUCAGGUCCAGCUCCAUCCGACUGGUUUUUACCAGGCCGCCGAACACACACACAUACACACACACAUAUCUGGAGAACUGAGUAUCACUUGCUUCACUGUGAUUCACUCUCGCUGCUCAUCUUUUAAGUAAGAUUUUAAAUGAGAAUAUCAUGUGCCAAACCAUUGUCUCUCCGCAGACCUCUACCUUUAGACCUUUACCACUGUUCUGGAUUGCUGUGUGUUACGUGGAUCUGUUCACCCUGACAUUAGCCCGUGUGCAAAUGAAGAAAUGCAGUAUGAAUUACAGGCUCUUCCACUAUGUGGUUUUUGGAGACAGCCAUUCAAAUCAUGUAUUCCAGGGGAAGUAUCUGUGUUAAGUAUUCUAUAAUAAAAAUAAGGGACA